AUGAGCUCUUCCUCAAGCACAGCCAUUUCCACUGGAACCAGCAGGACAAAAAUACUCUUUCUGGGUAUGAGAAGGAGUGGAAAGACCUCCAUACUCCAAGUCCUCUUCGAUGAUCUUCCAGUAAAACAGACUUUUUACCUCGAGCCCACCAUGCGUGUCGCAAAGCAUUUCAUCGACACCGUCAUCCCGUUGGAGAUAUGGGACUGUCCAGGAAACGUCACCGUCGACACACUCGGCGCAUCUCUCGCCGAUUUCUCAACUAUAGUCUUUGUAAUAGAUAUUCGAGAUCUCUACCAACAUCCCGUCUCAAAGCUUGUAGAGUUUAUUGUCGCCGCAUGUCAAAUCAACCCAGACAUAAAUUUAGAAGUGUUUGUCCACAAAGCGGAAAGACUUCAGGAGGACGACAAGAUCGAAAACUUCCGCCAGAUACACGAACGCGUCAUGGACCGCCUCGUAGACGAAUCUCCCGAAUUUGAGCAAUUCCCUCUCAAUUUCCAUCUCACCUCCAUAUACGACCAUUCUCUUCGAGAGGCGUUCUCUCGCGUGCUCCAUAAACUGAUUGAUUCCCUACCAUAUCUCGAAGAACUAUUAAAUGUCUUUUGCUCUAACACAGCGUCCCCAAAAGCUUUCCUAUUCGACACAUCCAGUAAAAUCCACGUUGCAACAGAUACCUCACCCGUUGACCAAGCCACGCACAAUCUCUGCUGUGACUACCUAUCCAUGCUCAAUUCUUUCGGACCUCUCUACAAGUCCAACGCCAACGAUUCACGGACGAGUCGGUUUUCCCCAACACCAGCACCAACGCCCCCACCUACAGCCACGACAUCAACUCCCGCCUCCAGCACCAGUCCUGUCGGAACGCCGCCACUCUCGUCAUCGACAUCCCCCGUUCCACCCUCAAAGCCCCACUUCUACCCCUCAGCAGCGACGUCGCUCUCACCUUCACGCCCAGGAACUACGCUCACGUACCACCUCGUCACGCCGCACCUCGCAUUGCUGGCACUCCUUCCGACGACAGUGUAUGAUAUGCGCAGGGGUUUGGUGGAGUGGAAUGUCGUGUGGUUUAGGGAGGGCGUUAGGGAAAUAUGGGUAUCUGGGCUGCGUGGGGGUUUGGAGGAUACUGGAUAA